AUGGCUGGGGAAUAUGAUCUGGUAGUCAUUGGAGCCGGUCCUGGCGGUUACGUGGCAGCGAUACGGGCCGCUCAGUUGGGGUUGAAGACCGUUAUUGUGGAAAGGGACGCCUUGGGCGGUGUUUGCCUGAACUGGGGCUGCAUCCCCAGCAAAGCCCUUCUAAGGAAUGCCGAGAUUGUUUCCUACUUCAAUCGCGCCGAAGAGUUCGGGCUGAAGUUCGAGAACUUCUCGGCCGAUUUCACCGCAGCCAUUGACCGGAGCCGCAAGGUGGUUGAUCGCAACGUACGAGGCGUUAGCUACCUGUUGCGCAAGAAUGAGGUCGAACACAUUACUGGCGAAGCCGUCUUAAAGGGCAACGGUGUUGUAGAGGUGUCUCCCGACGGCCAACGACUCCAGGCCCGGAACAUAAUCAUAGCUACCGGCGCCAGGCCCCGCAGUAUUCCACCGCUGCCCGUUGACGGCGACAAGGUGAUAACCAGCAAGGAAGCGAUAGUUCUUGAAGAACUGCCCAAAUCCAUCGUUAUCGUCGGGGGAGGAGCGAUAGGCCUUGAAUUCGCCUACCUUUACAGGAUGUAUGGUGUGGACGUAACGAUAGUAGAGUUGCUGCCCCACCUGGCCCCAAAUGAGGACGAGGAAAUCAGCCGUCAGGUAGAACGCGCUUUCAGCCGCCACCGGAUCAACAUAAUGACAGGCUCGAGAGUAACCGGGGUAUCCGACACAAGCAACGGCCUUCAGGUUGCGGUAGCCAAAGGCGAAGCAGAAGAGAAUCUGGAAUGUGGCAAGGUGCUGGUGGCCAUAGGAGUCCAGCCCAACAGUGAAAACCUGGGACUGGAGGCACUGGGAGUCGAGACAGACAAUGGUAACGUCCAGGUGGAUGACCACAUGGCCACCAAUGUUCCCGGCGUUCGUGCUAUAGGGGACGUAACCGGCAAGCUGGCCCUGGCCCAUGUGGCCUCGGCCCAGGCAACCAUAGCCGUCGAAACUAUCGCCGGUCUGGAACCUCAAGCCCUGGAUUACUCGAUGAUGCCUCGGGCGACCUACUGCCAACCCCAGAUUGCCAGUUUCGGCCUUACCGAAGCCCAGGCAGUGGAAGCAGGCCACGACGUUAAGAUAGGCCAGUUUAACUUGCAGGCCAACGGAAAGGCCAUGGGAAUGGGUGAGACCGACGGUAUGAUCAAGCUGGUAGUUGACUCCCGCUACGGCGAAAUCCUUGGCGCCCACAUGGUCGGCCCGGAAGUUACCGAGUUGCUGGGUGAGCUUUCUUUGACCCGUCUGCUCGAAGGAACAACUCUUGAAUUGGGCUGGCUGGUCCAUGCACACCCAACUAUUUCUGAGAUAAUUAAAGAGGCGGCGUUGGCCGCCGAAGGCCGAGCCGUCCACAUGUAA